ACUAAUUAAACCUAGAGAGAGAAAGAACACAAAGACAGAGACAAGAGAGAGAGAUGGGAAGAUCUCCUUGUUGUGAUGAGAAUGGUCUGAAGAAAGGGCCAUGGACUCCCGAAGAAGACCAAAAGCUCGUCGAGCACAUUCAGAAACAUGGCCAUGGAAGCUGGAGGGCCCUCCCCAAGCUUGCAGGUCUUAAUCGAUGCGGGAAGAGUUGUAGAUUGAGAUGGACGAACUAUCUGAGGCCGGAUAUCAAGAGGGGCAAGUUUUCUCCGGAGGAAGAACAGACCAUUCUCCAUCUCCAUUCCAUUCUUGGAAACAAAUGGUCGGCUAUCGCCACGCAUUUGCCGGGACGUACGGACAACGAGAUCAAGAACUUUUGGAACACCCAUCUGAAGAAGAAGUUGAUCCAAAUGGGCAUCGAUCCGACGACUCAUCAGCCGAGAACCGACAUAUUUUCAAGCUUACCUCAGCUCAUAGCCUUAGCCAACCUAAAAGACCUCAUGGAACAAACAUCACAAUACUCGUCCAUUCAAGCCGAAGCCACUCAACUAGCCAAGUUCCAAUACCUCCAAUGCCUCCUUCAGGCCUCGGCCUCCCUAAACGGUAACAUCAGCGGUAACAGUCCGACCAAUAUCCUCGACAUCGAUCACCACCAUGCCAUGAAUCUCUUGAACUCCAUGGUUUCUUGGGACAAAGACCAAAACCCAUGUCUUAACCCGACCCAGAUCGAGGUUAUCGAUCAAAAUCAAGAUUUAUUUUCAUUCGGAACCACCACUAAUCCAACCACUCAACCACUCCAACAACAAUAUUCUAUGGACAACACUCCUCCCCCCAAUGAACUAUCACAAGGUGACCCACUUCUUCUACACGUCCCUUUCAGUCUACAAACUUCUUUGAAUAGCGACGACGAUCACUUGAUAAACCAAAUGCCCGUACCAUUCGACGCCGUGGUCAAACACCCAUCUCAUGAUGAUGAUCACCAUCGCCAUCAUGAUGAUCCAUCAUCAUGGGUUCUUCCUUCUCUUAUAAACCACAACCCUAAUGACACCAUCACUACCUCUCUUCCUCAUCAUCGUAACAUGAUAAGCGAUUCGUCGUUGAGCAACAACAAUCCGGCGGCCGGAGAGGCGAGUAGCAGCUCGAGCUACGGCGGCGGAGGGUCGCCCUAUUGGCCGGACUUUUAUUUCGAUGAAAAUCUCAUCCACGAUAUUUCUUAGCCUUUGCCAUAAUAUUUUAUACGUCUCGUAUGUGCGUAUACGUAUACUAAUUAUGCAAGUGGGAAUCUGAUUAGCAUGCCGCUGAGUUUUUUUUUUUUCCUUUUAAAAUAUAGAUUUUUGUUUAUUUUCUUGUUGUAAAAGUGUGGUCUGCGUAUACGUGCAUUUCUGUUUACAUUUAUAUGUGUAAAUUAGUCACGAUAUAUAUGUUAAUGAUUUGUUGUAAUACAUCUGUACAUGACUUUGAGUUUAAUGU